GUUGUCGUUAUUUUAGAGCCCGCCUCCUUUCUGUGCGGUUAGAAUGACAGUUUGUUGACGCAGUUGUUAGUUUUGUCAUGUGAAGCUCUGAUGUCCUCUACUGUGUCCCCGUCGAAAUCUGCAACCGGCAGGCUCCUGGUGGGCUUCAAAAAGUGGUACUACAACGCAUGCGGUUUCAACAAACUUGGUUUGAUGCGGGAUGACACCAUCUACGAGGACAGUAAUGUGAAAGAGGCCGUUCGUCGGCUUCCAGAACCGGUUUACAAUGACAGGAUGUUCCGCAUCAAGAGAGCUCUGGAUCUUACCAUGAAGCAACAGAUUCUUCCCAAGGACCAGUGGACUAAAUAUGAGGAGGAUGUUCCUUACCUUGAGCCAUAUCUGGAGGAGGUUGUCCGUGAAAAUAAGGAAAAAGCGGAGUGGGCAAAGAAGUAGGAUGAGUGUGAUGAGGCUGAAGCUCCGCUUUGAUGUGAUGUCUGGUGUCUUGUAUUUAAGAGAAAAUGUAUUAUGUGAAAAGUCCUUAUACUUAUUAAAAUGUCCUUUCUGACAAAAGUC